AUGUCCUGGGACGCAUACACUAACAAUUUGGUUUCUACAGGAAAGUUAGACAAGGCUGCACUUUACUCAAGAGCUGGUGAUUCCUUAUGGGCACAAUCAGGCGGGUUCCAAUUGCAACCAAAUGAGAUCUCAGAAAUUGCCCACGGUUUCGACAACGCUACGAACUUACAGAGUCACGGCUUGCAUGCACAAGGACAGAAAUACUUUUUGUUGCGUAAUGAUGAGAGAUCAAUUUACGGUAAGCACGAAGCGGAGGGAUUGAUUUGUGUCAGGACUAAACAGGCAAUCUUGGUUGCACAUUAUCCAUCUGGUGUGCAACCCGGAGAAGCGACUACAAUUGUAGAGAAAUUAGCCGAUUACUUAAUUGGAGUCGGUUACUAA